AUGUCAGAUUCCGUUGGUAGCUCGUCCAUCACGGUGCCAGAAGGGUUUACGCUUCACACGGAAAACACGUCCCACAUCCUGAUCUCAUCGAAGGAGGAGGCAUUUUUGAAUCCAGUUCAGGAAUUCAAUCGGGAUCUCAGCGUCGCGUGCAUCAGAGUAUGGAGCGAAGAACUGAAUAGGGAGAAGGAAGCAAAGUGGAAGCAGGCUCAGGAGAGACGAGCGAAAAGGGAGGCGGAAGGUGAGGUGAAGACGUACCGACCCCAUAAGUUUGUGCUACUCGAAGCAUUGUCGGCGACGGGUCUUCGGUCUAUCCGCUAUGCAAAAGAGAUCCCACUUGUGAGAUUCGUCAUCGCGAAUGACCUGUCUGCGUCUGCCACGGCUGCCAUGAAGAGAAAUGUAGAACUCAAUGGUCUUGGACCCUCAUCUACUGGUCCAGCUGACAGCGCGUCGUCAUUUACGGUAUCGGAGCACCAGCCUCUCCCUGAUCGCGGAAAGGUGAGAAUCAAUGAGGGCGAUGCAUGUGCGCUCAUGUACAACCAUCGCACAGAGAAGACACGUGUCGAUGUUGUCGACCUCGAUCCAUAUGGGACUGCUGCACCCUUUAUCGACGGAGCUGUUCAGUGCGUCAACGACGGAGGGAAUUUCUCAAAUUACGGUGGUAUUCCUGUCAAGGCAGAGUACUGCCAUGAGGCAGCUCUCAGACUCGUGUUAAACACAUUGUCAACCUCGGCAGGCCGAUACGGAAGAUACAUAGAACCGCUCCUGUGUCUAUCUAUCGAUUUUUACGUUCGGCUCUUCGUCCGCAUUCACUCCGCGCCGAUAGAAGUCAAAAAGACUGCCAGCAAGACAGCAAUGUAUUUCGUAUGUCAAGGUUGCCAGGCAUUCUACGAGCAGCCAUUGGGCCGGAUCGUGGAAAAAGUGCACGAACGUUCCGGCAACGUAAACCUCCUGUUCAAGACUCAAGCGGGCCCCCCUGUCCCACAAAAAUGUACCGAGUGUGGUUCUGCGUUGCAUGUUGCUGGUCCAAUGUGGUCUGGUUCAUUACACAAUAAUGGCUUCAUCUCAAAAGUGCUCGAGCACUUGGGGAGUAACCAAGACAGAUAUAGUACAGCGGUCCGCAUGAAAGGAAUGCUAACGGUGGCCAACGAGGAGUUGCACGUCCCAUUCUACUUUACCCCAUCCCGGAUAGCUGGCUUCUUUCACUCUGUUUGUCCCCCUUUGGAUGAUGUGGCCUCUGCUCUCCUGAACGCCGGUCACACCGUAUCGCGUUCACACGCUCUACCAGGCUCUCUGAAGACUGAUGCGACGCGUCAAGAUGUGCACGACGUCUUCAGAUCUUGGGUGAAGAAGCACCCCGUGAGAAUGGACAAGGUCUCUGAGACCUCUCUCGCGAGGCAAUUACUCGCAAAGGAAGCAAGGACGGAGGCCAAUUUCACCAGACACCCUCGAUCAGUGACGCAAGCAUCAAAAGUAAAACUCGUCCGCUACCAGCAGAACCCAGCUCCCAAUUGGGGCCCCGGCACGAAAGCAGACACCGGUACGAAGCGCAAACGCGAAGAGGAAAAUCCAUAG